AUGAGGGGGAUUUUGAGUCAUUAUUUUAAAAUUAAAUUCACGCUUUGGUACAAUGUCCUCCUAUUUCAUGCAAUUUGCCUUAGCUUGUGUUUCCGCUUUCCCAAGGCACAAAUCCACUUGCCUGGGCUUGAAAACCUCAGCCACAGUAGAAUGUUUAAAAAACUCACCAAAUUCAUCAUAAAUCAAAUGGAUCCACACAAAGAAUUCGUCCCUGUCGAGAGCAUCGCAGACAAUGAGGAUUUCAGACUCCUCUGUCUACUGAAAAGAAAGAGAAAAUCCAAAAUCAUAUUCCACCCCGCUCCUUACUACCAGCGGACAGGGUUCACACUGCAUGAUGUGCUGCUGCCUGGAGAAGAUAGUAAAAGCAUAGAGCCCCUGCUUCAAGAUUCCAGACAAAUUCCUCUCACAAAAACCAGUGCAAACCAAACUCAAGGAGAUCUCAGCGUUUCAUUUGACCCUGCAAGUGUAGAUGUGCAUGGAGAUGCCUCCUUGUCUGAGGAAUUUUCUGUCAAGCCACAGAAGAAGAGCAUUUCACAGCAGUCACUGGAGGCACUAAGAAGAGAAAGAAAAAUCAACAUGGAUCAUUCCUUCAUCCAACAACAACAGAGAACAGACAGCAAUCUGAGUGUGGUCACUGAAAUCCUCGAAGCCUCAGAGGAGACUGUCUACAAGGAAGCCACCAAGGCAAAUAGGGGUCUCAUGGCCAAAUUUCAUGCCACACUCUCUGGAAAGGGCACCACGGAGGACAAACAAACCAUAGUCAUACCCAAGGGCUGCACCCUGGCAUUCAGGGCCAUCCCUCUACACAUUAGAGAUGGAGCAUGGGAUCUGGAAUAUUUCCCAGUAGAAGCUCUGAGAAGAGCAGCAUACGUAGCUGAUGGUCCCACACAAGGAAAAUUAAGAGUAGUGAUGAGUGAAGUUCAAUACUCCUGCCGAAAUUUCUCUGAAUUGUCUCCUGAACUCCUGCUCAUUGUCUUCAACACCAUCAAAGCUGUCAUGAGAGACAAGAACCUCCUUCAAGAGCUCAGACAGAAAAUGGAAGAUAUUCCUGAGCAAAAUGAUGGGUAUGAGCUGAAAACUGAGAGCCCAGACUUAAAAGAUCUGUUCAGCAUCUUACAGCACUGUCCAAUAGACUGUCUCCUUCUGUUUGCAGGAGGAAUCACCUACAUCCUUGAUGCUCUGCAUGAAUUAAAGGAUGAUCAGCUGCUGCUGUUGCUGGAAUCCUUGGAAAGGAAGAUUCUGUCCCAACAGCUGAACCUGGUUGAAAACCUCCUGAAACAUGACCUGGAGGAUAAGAUGUGUCAUUUCCAUGUGGAUGCCACGCUGCUCUCCUUCCAACACGAGGAGGAUCAGAUGUUAACCAUGGAACUGGUAGAGCUGAGUGGAGUGCAGCUCCACGAAGAUGGAUCAGCUGUUUCUUUGGAUCAACCCUUCGAGGCCAUGGCAGCCCUGUUUGUGGCCCUGUAUGCCCUCAACCUCCUCAGUGGUUCCAAGUAG